AGUGGUGGUGGUGGUAGUGUCGGUAGCGCCGUGAGUGACCGUGAGAGUGGUGGUGGUGUGAGUGGUGGUGGUAGUGACGGUGUGAGUGGUGGUGGUAGUGACGGUAGUAUUGGUAGUGUGAGUGGUGGCGGCAAUGACGGUAGCAGCGGUGGUAGCGACGGCGACUCCGCGGGCCCCCGCCCGCUGCGCGUCAUGGAGCUGUUCAGCGGCGUGGGCGGCCUCCACUACGCCGUGCGCCUGAGCGGCGCCCCGGCCGCCGUGGUCGCCGCCCUCGACGUGAGCGACGUGGCCAACGCCGUGUACCGCCGCAACUUCCCGCGGACGACGCUCCUCGCGCGCUCCCUCGAGUCGCUCCCCGACGCCGCCCUCGCGGCCCUGAGGCCGGACGCCCUCGUCGCUGGACCCCCGUGCCAGCCGUUCGCCCGGCGCGGCCGCCGCCUCGGCCUGGACGACCGCCGCUGCGCGGGCCUCGCCCGCCUCGUGGCGCUGCUGCGCCGCCUGGGGCCGCGCUACCUCCUGCUGGAGAACGUCGCGGGGUUCGAGGGCUCCGGGGCCCGGCGGGCGCUCCACGAGGCGCUGGACGCCCGCGGCGGCUACGCCGAGCGGCAGGAGUUCCUGCUGGGGCCCGCCGCGGUCGGGGUGCCCAACUCGAGGCUGCGCUACUUCCUCGUCGCCCGGCGGGGCGGGGGGCCCGGGUUCCAGUUCCGCGCCGCCGGCGGCGUCAUGAACCGGCUGCCGGCCGACGCGGAGGGGGGGGGGGCGCCGUCGCCGCUGGCGCUGCUGCCGGCGGGGUUUGGGGCGGAGCCGUGGCAGGGAGGCGGCAAGGAGGCCCGGACGGCAGCGGAUUGGGCGCCACCACCGCCGCCGUGCAGCUACAAGAGCGACGCUCCGGCCGAGGCCGCCCGCAAGAUGGCGCAGGACCGCGACGCCAACGUGAGGAGCCUCCGCGAGUUCCUCGACCCCGACGACGACGACGAUGAGGCGGCCCCCCGGCGCUACGCCCGCGACUCGCUGCUGGUGCCGCCGCGGGUGCUGCGCCGUUACGGCCGCCUGCUGGACAUCGUGACGCCCGACAGCCGCCGCUCCAACUGCUUCACGGGCGCCUACGGCCGCUACGUGGAGGGCUCCGGCUCGGUGCUCCUCGCCGACGCCGGCGCCAACGUCGCCGCCGCGUUCCGGGAGGACGAGGAGGAGGAGGGGGAGGAGGGGGAGGAGCGGACGAGGAGACUCGCGGCGCUGGGGCUGCGCUACUUCAGCCCCGGCGAGGUCGCCCGCAUCCACGGCUUCCCCGACGGGUUCUCGUUCCCCGAGGGGCUGUCGCUGCGCAAGCGCUGGCAGCUGCUGGGGAACAGCGUCAACGUCCGCCUCGUCGCAGAGCUGCUGCGCCUCACGCUGCGCUGAGCGGCGGCGCUGGGGGAACGGCCGCCCCCGUCUCGCCGAACGGCGUCUCGGGCGGCAAUGGCGAUGGCGGCGACGGUGAUGACGGCGAUCGUGGCGAUGGCGACGAUGGCGACAGUGAUGACGGCGAUCGUGGCGAUGGCGACGAUGGCGACGGUGAUGACGGCGAUCGUGGCGAUGGCGACGAUGGCAAUCGUGGCGAUGGCGACGGUGAUGACGGCGAUCGUGGCGAGGGCGACGAUGGCGAUCGUGGCGAUGGCGACAGUGAUGAUGGCGAUCGUGGCGAUGGAGGUCAAAAAUCGCGUGACGUCAUUUCUGGACGGCCCCUUUCGAGCGCUUCGCUGGCUUUGAGUUUCCCGCGGGGAGACGAGCCGCGUUUGCCACGACGCCCAGGCCGCUUCGCGAAAGGGCGAGGCCGGUGCCUCGGUGGGACUCGCCUGGCAGGGACCGAGGAAGUUUGGUUUUGUUUGGUGUAUCUUGAUUUGAAGCUUUCGUGACUGCAGGAAUCCAUUACUCUUUGUUUCUUUCGGCGAAGUCACGCGGUCAUAAAUAAAAUAAAAUGGAACGAAUCACGACGUUCCAAUUGCAAGCACAGGCGGGAAGAACCACGGCAAGAAAAACAUUGUGUACUUUUUAAAAAAAUUUAGCGGCCGAUUUUGCUCGCCCCCUUCCUGCCCGUGUCGUUGUCGCCGCCUGCGUCGUUACGAUCCCGAUCCCGAUCCCGUGGCCUCCCCGACGGACAUCCUUCCUCCUCCAGUAAUAAAUAUUCUGAUUCCGA